AUGCGGCACCUGCUACUGUUCCUCGUCCUGGGAGCGAGCCUCGCUCCGGGCACGUGGUCCGAACUCGUCAGAUAUUUAGAGGUCUCGGAGAACGCGAGACCAGGCACCAGGGUGGGUUUUAUCGACGCCGACAGUCCACCUUAUUUGAUUGUGUCUGUUUCGGGGUCCGCGGUCGACACGGAUUUGAACGUGGAUUAUGCGACGGGAGAAAUUCGAACCAAAGUGCCAUUAGACCGUGAAACGAGGCCGUCUUACAGCUUGGUCGCCCUGCCGCAGAACAUUCAGGUAGUCGUGAAGGUGCUCGACGAGAACGAUAACGCGCCAACGUUCCCGGUGGGCCGCGUGGACGUCGAGUUCCCGGAAAAUUCGCCGCGCGACGCGAAAAGAGCUCUGCCGCCCGCCAAGGAUCCCGAUCUCGGUCAGUACUCGACGCAGAGGUACGAGAUCGUAUCUGGUAAUCACGGCGAAGCGUUCAGGCUUUCCCAGCAUCGCGGCCGGGACGGCGUUCUUUACUUGGAUCUACAAAAUUCCGGUUCUCUGGAUCGUGAAGCUCGUUCACAGUACCACUUGGUAAUAGAGGCGCUGGACGGGGGCGCUCCACCUCUUCGCUCGAGGCUCCACGUGAACGUGACGGUACAGGAUGUCAACGACAAUCCGCCGAUCUUCAACCAGACCAGGUACGUCGCGAGUAUCCCGGAGAACGCGACCGUCGGAACGCCGGUGUUGGCGGUGAACGCGACGGACAGCGACGCGGGCGACAACGGACGCAUAGAGUAUUCCAUCAACCGACGACAGUCUGACCGCGAGGAGAUGUUUCGCAUCGAUCCGGAGACCGGUAUGGUGUACGUGAACAAGGCGCUGGACUUCGAGUCGAAGGAACGUCACGAGUUGGUGGUCGUCGCGAGGGACUGUGGAGCGCAGCCUCUCGAGGCGAGUGCCUUUCUUUCUGUGCGCGUUACCGAUGUUAACGACAAUCAACCCACGAUCACGGUGAUCUUCUUAUCGGACGAUGCGACGCCGAAGAUCAGCGAAAGCGCUCAGCCGGGAGAGUUCGUGGCCAGGAUAUCGGUCAGCGAUCCGGACUCGAGGACCGAGUAUUCGAACGCGACGGUCACGUUGACCGGCGGUGAAGGACACUUUGGUCUGGCCACUAGAGACAACAUCAUAUACUUGGUCGUGGUCGAAAGACCGCUCGAUCGCGAAGAGAAACCCGUAUACGAUCUGUCGGUCGAGGCGACCGACGCUGGUACACCGCCAUUGAGAGCCGUUCGAACCUUUCGGCUUCUCGUCACCGACGUGAACGAUAACGCCCCGAAAUUUGCUCAAGAAAGGUACGAAGCUCACCUGUUGGAAGCCUCAGAGCCUGGCACGCCGGUCCUCAAGGUGACGGCCACGGAUCUCGACGAAGGCGUCAAUUCCGCAAUAAAAUACUCUCUACUAAACUCCACGUGGUUCACGAUCGACGAGGCAUCCGGUUUGAUAACCACGAUAACUCAUGUGGACUGCGAGGCUGAUCCCGCGCCGAUUUUGGUGGUGAUCGCAACGGACUCUGGUCGACCGCCUCUAAGCAGUAGUGCAACAGUACGUGUGACAGUUCACGACCUCAACGACAACGAACCCAUUUUCGAGAAGCCCCUGUACAAUGCUACCGUUCCGGAGGACAUGCCUGUUGGACGCUGCUUUCUCAAGGUAGGUAAAAUUUAA